AUGUCGACUAUAGCAUCGACGAACCCGAAGAUCCAGCAUGUGAUGUCUCGCUAUCACGAUGUCGCAGGAAUGGGGUUCAUCUGCGACAAUGUGAAAAUAAUCGAAGAAGACGCCAAGUCGUUCGACAUUGACUUGGAACCAUGCCCCGACCGUUUCAAGGAAUCCCCGAAAUAUGUGCGACGAAAGUACCUCAAAAGCAUUCAUGUUCCCGACGUGUACACGCGCGUGCUGCUGUCGACGAAACUCCCCUCCCCAUCGUCACAGUAG